CCGCCUCACGGAGCCGCCCGGCCUGAGGGAAGAGGCGAGAGUCGAGGCGCGGCCCCGGCCCCGCUCCCGCUCCGUGGGCCGCGCUCCGCGGCCGCCCCUCCCGCCGCCGCCAUGGGCUGCACGCUGAGCGCCGAGGACAAGGCGGCCGUGGAGCGGAGCAAGAUGAUCGACCGCAACCUGCGCGAGGACGGCGAGAAGGCGGCCAAGGAGGUGAAGCUGCUGCUGCUCGGUGCUGGAGAGUCUGGUAAAAGCACCAUCGUGAAGCAGAUGAAGAUUAUUCACGAGGAUGGCUAUUCAGAGGAAGAAUGCAAACAGUAUAAAGUGGUUGUCUACAGCAAUACUAUCCAGUCCAUUAUUGCGAUCAUAAGAGCCAUGGGAAGACUAAAGAUAGACUUUGGGGAAGUUGCCAGAGCUGACGAUGCCCGCCAGCUGUUCGUGCUGGCUGGGAGCGCGGAGGAGGGCGUGAUGACCACCGAGCUGGCCGGCGUCAUUAAGCGCUUGUGGAGAGACGGCGGCGUCCAAGCCUGCUUCAGCAGAUCCAGAGAGUAUCAGCUCAACGACUCGGCGUCAUAUUACCUCAAUGACUUGGAUAGAAUAUCCCAGCCGACCUAUAUUCCGACUCAGCAGGAUGUGCUGCGCACCAGAGUCAAGACGACGGGCAUCGUGGAGACUCACUUCACCUUCAAGGACCUGUACUUCAAGAUGUUUGAUGUCGGUGGCCAGCGCUCGGAGAGGAAGAAGUGGAUCCACUGCUUCGAAGGGGUGACAGCCAUCAUCUUCUGCGUGGCCCUCAGCGACUACGACCUCGUGCUGGCCGAGGACGAGGAGAUGAACCGGAUGCACGAGAGCAUGAAGCUCUUUGACAGCAUUUGUAACAACAAAUGGUUUACGGACACGUCCAUCAUUCUCUUCUUGAACAAGAAGGACCUCUUUGAAGAAAAGAUUAAGAAAAGCCCACUAACGAUCUGCUAUCCAGAGUACACAGGCUCCAACACGUACGAGGAAGCAGCUGCGUACAUCCAAUGUCAGUUUGAAGACCUGAACCGGAGGAAAGACACCAAGGAGAUCUACACGCACUUCACCUGCGCCACCGACACCAAGAACGUGCAGUUCGUGUUCGACGCCGUCACCGAUGUCAUCAUUAAGAACAACCUGAAGGAGUGCGGGCUCUACUGAGGAGCGCUGGGGGAAGGAGCUUUGACGCCGGGGCGUUUGGAGAAGCGGGCUCCGCUGCCUCGUGGGGACGGCCACAAGCACGAGGAGCAGCCGGGGGACGCAAGCAGCAUGCGGAAUCGUUGCAUUCUUUAGCACAAUCUUCUGUAGUAGGGACCUUUUUUAAAUUGAUACGGGAUGUUGAAGCUAGAUGGAAGUGGAACGACUGUUAGUGUGACUAGAUCAUCCAGGCGUCGCUUGGAUGGCGUUGCUCUCAAAUGUGUACAGCUGUUGUGAAGUUGAGGUGCUGGAUUCCAGGCCUUCAAUAUGUAGCUUUCUCUCUUUCCUUUGGUUAACAAGCCACCACUAGUCUGUUUUUAAGGGUUUUAU